UCAACCAGGUCCAGGCGGCCACAUGUGUGUUUGUAUGCCCAUCGAUUUACUGUCAAUUCCCUACCCGUCUUGCCAGGCUUUGGGCUGCUUACUGGGGAGCUUAGGUAGUCCCUCUUGGUUGGCUGGCUGGGCCUCGAGUCUUAUCAGGACAGCUGAGAUUGGGGCUAUGUUUGCAUAAAUUUUUGCCGCGAUAAGCCCGUGCCCGGGGGCGAGGCAGCUCUAUAUAUAAAACCCCGGACAUCCGAGCUACUCGCGACCAUUAGCAAGAGUGCAGCGCUGCCAAGCAGGAUGGUUCUCCGGAAGAUUGUUACGAUAUCUAGGAUUUUAACUGCAGAAUGCGCACAAAGUUUGUUCAACCGUUGGACGAUUACCAGUUGGCGUUGAACGGCCAGAAGACGCGGUAUGAAUUUGAAAAAGUGAAACCGCUGGCAGACGAGGAUGAGUUCAUCGACGUGACUGGUGAUGAUUCGUCCGACUUGCAGGUGAAAAUCAUUCCGAUCCUGGAGCAACCACCGUCGAAGAUUUACUACGAUAACAUCGAGAAGGAAUCGAGUGAUGGGGGGUUCUUCGAUCGCGAUGAUCUGGACGAUGAAGACGAGAAAAAUGAUCUGAUUAUAGACUUUAAAUUCAAUGGGGAGACUGGGGAGAAGAAGACUGAAAGUGGAAUCUAUUGUAAAGCUGACAAGGAGCCGGAGUUGGUAUUCAAUUUUACACUUGUGGAUACUCAAUUGGUUUAUAAUGAACCUAGCAUCGUACCAAAGCUGCCAAACCAGAAAGACUUGCAAAGUGGAGCUAGUGACAGGCCCAUGGUGUCGAUCACGAUACCACCUCCUAGUAUGCCAUCACCUCCCCGACAAAAGCACAGCAUACUAGCCAAUAAGCUCAAGGAAGCUCGGAUAUAUCCAUAUCCCAGAACGAAUUCAAACCUCUCGAAUGGCCUCAGAAGGGCAAGUGUGCCGAUUCCGGUCAAUAACGGCGGGUUCUACCGAACGUUACUGUCUAACGAACCCAUCGGUAGUAGAUUUAGACCAUCUGCCUUCUCACCCCCAGUGAAAUCUCACGUUGUGCCACAGUGUGUUCCGCUAAAGUCCUCGAUGAGACGUUUGGUUAACCCUCGAAGCCAAUUCGCUCAACCACCACCGGGCAAACCAACAAAGAAGCUCUACCGCCAAUCAGCUCUAGUCCCUCAGCAACAGCUCCCCUACCCACCGUACGAGCGUUACGUCAAACAAUUCCGAGCAUACGGCAAAGAUCAGCUGCCCAUCCUACCGGAAGCACACAAAUCGCCCAGCUAUCUGCCGCCACAGUUCGGCUUCGGAUCAUCCGUCCUUCAGAACCUAUACGAUCCGGAUCAACCCCUAGACCUUACGAAAAACUCCUACCUAAGCCAGUACGAAUCCAUGCUCAAAUAUCCCCAUCAGCACCAACUGUGGCAAGGUCACUCGAUCCUCCGUUCAAUGCCCGUACCAAAACCACCACAACCCCCGAAAACUGCCCUUCGCCCACAGCUGGUCCCCUUCAAGCAACAUCCCACCUUAUCGCAAAUCCAACGCUUCCCCUUACGACCAACGGAAUCAUUCCACCUCCGGCAAAGAACCCUCACACCUCCUGAACCAACAACAACCAGCGUCAUCGUGCCGAGCGAAUCGUUCCGGCAAAACAUGAACCACGAAAUCGAGGAAUUCUUCACCCACCGGCAGAACGAAUUAUGCGAAGCUCUUCGGCUGUUCAACGUCAAAUGCAUCGAGCUCGAAGAACUGUUCCGCCGCUUGAACUAUUUUAAGAUUCAAUUCAGCCGCGAUUACUUCAGGGUCGCGAGGACCAUGAUGAAACGGUACGGCUACCGAUUCCGGACCGGUGCUCCCCCUACCAGUCUGGACUACCGAUGGCAGGAGCCUCCGCAAGACUUUGUCGACUACUUUCGCAAGGUGAAGAAAACCCUCCGGCCGCACGCGCCGGAGGAAACGUUGAACAUCUACCGCAUGGUGAUCGGAGGACUGCUGGAGCAGUUCCGUGGUCCGCUGGAGCACUUUCUCUCUAGAAAUCUACUGUACGGUUCCGAAACAGGAAAAACAAAGGUCAUGUGAUAGGAUAUUGGAUAAGUAACUGUGCCAUAGUUGUCCUUCUAGUUCAAUAUAUAGCUAUACUCGAAUCGUAAAUCGCAAUCGAUGUGCCUCAGUAGAAUAUAGCCGAAAAGCUGUUCAACGUUUAGCUUUAAUAGGAAGGUAAGCUUUAAAUGUUAGAAGUAGAAUGUGUCUCAUCUAUUAGGUUUUUAACGGUGCAAAACACUAGAUGUGAUAUAGUUUGUAAGGAGCCGGACGUAAUCGUAUAGUAUGAUAAAAACGUAUAAGCAAUGCUGAGGAAGGUUACAUAACACAGUCAGUGCAAAUGAAUUUCGAAUAUUUUAUGUGUGUUGCAUUUAAAGCGAAAGUAUACGAAUUUAUUAAAAGAUAAGUUGAUAAGACGGUUGUUUUAUUUUCAAUCACAAUCUCCACCGGAUUGGGAAAGAGGUGCAACAUUGCCCAAGUGCUUCACGUGACGAAGCAUUGGGUGGUGUACUCGGCCACCGGAGGCAACCCCAGAGCAGGAGAGCUGAGUCAGCAUCAGAAGUAGAUACAUCCAUGAUAAGGAUUAUUAUCAGUUAAUGCAUAACAUAAAACGAGUUUUC